UUUUUAUCAGUGAAAGAUAACACAGUAAUGAUCAGUGAUAUUAAUACUGUCAAAAUGACCGAUUCUGUGUCUGAAGACAACAACAAUUUAUGUUACAAGAAGGAAUUGCUUUUCAAAUAUCUGGUUAUUGGUGACUACGGUGUCGGUAAAACUUCAAUAAUUCGAAGAUAUGCAGAAGAUACAUUUUCUAGCAAAUACAAGAUAACUAUUGGAGCUGAUUUUGCAAUAAAGACAAUCACUUGGGACAAUUACACCACAAUCAAUUUACAAUUAUGGGAUAUUGCUGGACAUGAGAGAUUUGGAGCACUUACGAGCGUUUACUACAGAUAUGCUUUAGCUGCUGCUCUAGUUUUUGAUCUUACAAGACCAGAAACAUUAAAUUCUAUUCCAAAGUGGUUGAAAGACUUAAGAAACCGAUCGUCAUUACCAAAUGGACAGAAUUUACCAGUCAUAUUAUUAGCAAACAAAGGUGACGUCAAUCUCGAUAACAUUCCGAAACAUCUCGAUGAAUUUUGCAAGGAAAACAACAUACUUACUUGGUUUAUAACUUCUGCAAAAGAAAAUAUUAAUUUAGAUAUUGCUAUGAAUACUCUGAUUGACUAUACAUUGCACCACAAAUACUACAAGACGCCAAACGAAGAAACGCAACCGCUCAUCUUGAAUGAAACGGAAAAACCUAAAAACGGAAGAAAACGAUUCUGCUUCUUUUAAUAAACCUUACCCAAGUUACUAUAGUCCAAUUGAACUGUUUCUUACAUAAUAAUAUUUAUAAUAA